AUGGAUCUCCUUCCCAAACUAGAGAUGAACCUGAAGGCAAUGGUAAAUCAGAGGGAUCAGACUCGGACUAUGAUUACCAAGACCCAAGAUGAUUUGAAAGAGCUGUUUGCCAAAAGCCCCAAGAAACCUCGUGGUUCCAUGUCCGAAAUCGACAAGAAUCUCACUGACUUGGAAACGCAACGUACCCGUACCAGUUUGAGUCUGACAGAAGAAAAGCAGCUGAUGAAGCGGAUUUUUGCCGGAGAACGAGACAAGAGAGCUCUGCAAGAGAGAAUUGACCAUGACAAAUUGAUUGAUUCCAAAAAGGCUCAAGUCCAGGAGAUGCGAAAAGCAAUGGCACCUCUGACGGAUAAGAUUGCGGAUCUAGAAAAGGCAGUCAACAAGGCCAAACUGGCCGCCAAAAUUGGAUGCACCAUUGAAGAUAUGCAGAAAACAACCAUCUCCUGUCCUUCCGAAAAGAUGGGAAAAGUCAUUGGAAAGAGUGGUGCCAUGAUUAAGAAAAUCGAAGAAAAAGCCGGAGUCAGUAUGGAUGUCGACACGGAUAAGAGUACCAUUACAAUCCACGGCAGUGACGCUUCCAUUGCGGAUGCUCAAAUGGAAAUCAACAAGAUUGUCAUGGCCGCCGCAGAGGAACUGGAGCUACCACAGGAAUCCAUCCUAUACCUCACCACCGCUUCGACCGGAGCCAUGAGUGACAUGCGACAACGGCAUCCCGACAUGUACUUGGAAGUGGCCCGAAAUACCCACAAAUUCACCAUGAGAGGACAACCCGAACAAUUGGCGGCAGUCAAACAGAGUCUUCAGGCAAUGGGUGUAGCGAAACGAGAACGAGAACUGACCGCGGCCGAAGCCGUCUUGUUGAUUGGGAAGAAGGGUGCCAAUAUUGAAAAAAUUACGUCCUCCUAUAAGGUGGCCAUUGAAGUGUCCAAGAAGUCGGAGGAACAAUCCCUCGCGAUUGUGGCUGGCGCAGAGGAGCAAGUCGAGUCGGCCAUGAAGGAAAUCGAAGACAUGAUUGCCGCCAAUGCCGAAGUUACCAAACUGAUUCCAUGUGGCAAAACCGUUGUGCAGGGAUUCCUCACGGCCAAUGGCGUCAAGAUCAAGGAUUUGCAAAAGAAAAUUAGCGAAUCCACCAGAGAACUGGGAGCUGGCUCGGUCUCGCUCUCGUUUGACAAAGCCACCGGCGACAACUCGAACUUGGUCAUCAAAGGAAAACAGGCGGCCAUUGGAACCGCAGUGGCCAUGGUCGGGGAAGCCAUUCGUGAAAUUGAUACAAACACCAUUCGCAUCAUGGCCGAUCGCAACACCAUCCCUCAGGUCAUUGGGAAGGGAGGAGAAAACAUCAAGAAACUCAAAGGCGACAAAAAAGUCAAUAUUGAAGUUGACCGAAAGACUGGAGAAAUUGCCAUCAAUGGGCUGAGUCCGGAGGAGGUGGCGGAAGUCGAGGCGAGUGUCCUGCAUAUUAUUGCAGAGAACAAGAUACUCAAAGUUCCGGUCGAUCCUGCCCUGAUUGACGUUCAAUAUCGAGAACUGAUCAGACAGUCCAAGGUCAGAACGGAAGUCACGGAUCUUGCCAAACUCGACAUUGACAAGGAUCAGUCGGCCAUCCUUCUUCGAGGCACUGAUGAAAAUGUUGGCAAAGCUGCGGAAAUUGUCAAAAAGUUUCUUACCUCGAACUACAUGGAGAAUAUUGACAUUACCGACGCUGACCGAGACGCUCUGCUUUCGGGUGGACAGAAAAGCAAAAUCGUCACGUUUGCCAAGGAAUUGGAGGUCAAUCUUUCAGCAAAUCGCGAAACGUCCAGCAUUCAGGUCAAGGGAUCUAUGGAGAAAGUCAAGGCUGCGGUCAAAAAAAUCAAAGCUUACCUCUAUGGUGGCGAAGGCAACACUUGUCACAAAAUAUUGUGCGCCGAAGAGGCCCUGGGACUUGUGAUUGGAAAGGGAGGACAAGUCCGCAAGUCGCUGGAAGCUAAAUAUGAAGGCGUGACCAUCUACAUUCAUCGUACCAACGAUGCAGUCACAAUUCGCGGUCCCGAGGAGAAUGCCAACAACUGUCGCUUCGAAGUGCUCAAGUUGAUUGCUUCUGGUAGAAUCACACAAGAAGUCAAGACAACAGAAGAGAAAAUGGAAGCAAUGAACAAGAAUAAUCUACUGCGCCGAACCGCCCAGAAUAUUCCCGUGCAAUUGACAGUCGAAGACACGACAAUCAAAGUCCGUGGAGUUGCACCUGACGUCAAGCAUGUCGUGGCACUCAUCAAUGAGCAACUGACUGGAGUGUACGAGAGCAUUUUGGAACUCGGUGAUUCACAGUUUGCCAAAAUCAAAGGAGCCAGCCGCGACGAAUCACAUUUUGCUCGAAUGAAGGAGUCAACGGCGGCGGAUAUUUUAUUGAAUGAUCAAAAGAAUGCAGUCGUGAUCCGUGGCAAGAGGAACAAUGUCAAGAAGGCCAAGUUUCAGGUGUUUGAUUUCCUUGAAUUUCUGGUUCCAGGUGAACUCUGCAAAAUCAAACUGCCAAAGACCCUGAACGCUACAGUGGGUCAAGCGACAGCGCUGAUCGAAGUUGCCUCGUCUACUGGCACCUCCAUUUGGCUCGAUCGGGAUGUCAACAUGAUCAUCAUUGAAUCCUCCGAAAGUGAGCGCAUGCAAGACGCCAAAGCCUGCAUCCAGGCAAAAGUCGACGAGGCCGAGAGGCUUCUGUAUGUGUUCGAAUUCGACACGUCUGAAGCUUGGCUCAUUCCUAUUAUCAUUGGCGUGAAAGGGGGGCGCAUCAACUCCAUCCGAAAGCAAUCUGGCUGCACCAUCGUAGUUUCAAAGGAGGAGCGCACCGUCGUGGUCUCAGGAACGACAGAAGAGGACGUCACAAAGGCCAAGUCAGCCAUUCAAAACCACGUCGACCAGGCAAAGAAAGAAAACGCAUUCGUCGAUGUUCCUGCGGAUGCCAUGGCUAGAUUUGUGGGCAAAGGAGGAGCCCACAUUUCGGAGCUCCGAAAGAAGUAUGAAGUGGAAAUUGAAACAUCAAAGAAAGGAUCUGUCAAGAUCACAGGCAGUGAGGACAACGUAUUGGCAGCGAAGAAAGCUGUAGAAGAGUGGGUGGAAGAAUGGGCCAAGCCAGAUGAGAACAAGGAGGUUAAGAUUCAGCGGCAUCACAUUUCUCCAAUUAUUGGCAAACAAGGUGCAAACAUUCAAGCCAUGCAAGAAGAAUUUGGCUGCAGGAUCGAUCUGAACCGUGAGGAUCUUACGGUGAAGUUCCGCGGAGACCCAGCCAAGCAGGAACUGGCUCUGAGAAGAAUCGAGGAAAUCAUGGCGGAGACACCAGCUCCUGAACGUCCAGCUCGAGCGCCAAAAUCGGAAGAGGAGUCAGCUGAAGAGAAAAAUGGUAACGACAAUAGCAACACCAGCGGUAGCAAGGCACGUCCACAAAAGGAAAGUGAAAGCAGCCCCAAGAAAGACGAGUUCAAGGAUCCUGACGAGCAGGUGGACCGUACCAGUGAAUUUCCUGCUCUGCCAGUUGGCCUUACUCCGCCAAAGAGGCGAAGAAAGCGCAAGUCCAAGGCAGUCGGUGGUGCCGCGGCUUCUCCCACCAAGCCCGUCGUUUCUCCAUCCAAGUCACUUUUUGCUGCAUCGUCUGGAGAGGAGUCGUCCGUGAGCGAUGAAGACGACAAGAUUGUUGCCCGAGAUCCCUCCACCGACACAAUGAUCGUAAACAUCAGCGCCUAG